AUGCUUUCAAGAAAACAAUCAUUACAUUUGUUGAGAAACUAUUCAUUUAAGUCACAAGCAAGUAAGACUGUUGAUUGGGCAAAUAGUAAAAAGCCGGUAUUACAAAAUCUCAAAAAUCAAACCAAAAAGGCAGCAAACACAAUAAACUUGAAAGCAGGUCUGUUUUUAGCAAGUCAGAUUGAUAAAGUAGAGCAUUCAAAUUUCAAGUCUGGUCAAACGAAUAAAAUUGAUAAAGAAGAAGCUAUGGAUUUGAGAAAAAAAGUUGAAUUGAAUGCAAAAGGAUAUGGAAAUUUACAAAACAAAGGAUGGGCAUUAAAUCGAGAUGACAGAAGACCCGAGGAUGGAUUUGAUAUACAACAAUGGUAA